GAAAUCGCAACCCAGAAUACCACAUUCCGCACUGUUAAAAUAUUAAUCCUGAAAACGGAACUAUUUAAAUAGUAUCAGCGUUUAGCUUCUGUCUGCUUGUCAGUGUUCAAUUCGUACCCACCUGAUGCUGUACUUAAGACUGACCAAUAGUAGUGCAGCUUCUCUUCAAGGAGGGGCACUUGGACAAUGAAAUUUGUACGCACUAGACGUAGGUCAUCUGUGGUAUGAGAGUGGGAAGUCUCGGCGGUCAGAGAAGUUGGAGCAGUUGUCUUCCUUUAUCACUCGCCGGCACGCGCUUACAGUCAUGGUUCCAACACAUUGUUUCCUUCUCGCCGUGAUCUUUGGUUCUAGCAUUGCAGACACGGAACAAACGCGCUACCGUCAUCAACAUCUUCUAAGAGCAUGGAUGACUUUGUCUGAUCUCUCUCCAGAAUCCCUUAGGAGUAACUGCCCAGGGUGUGGGGCUAGACGAGUUUUCCAGGAAUCAAAUAUGGAAAAAUAUGAAAUUACGGCUCUAAGAAUAGAGAUAAUCAAACAACAGAUUUUAAAAAAACUGAGACUCAAAGAACCGCCUUCUGUAUCAAUGCCACUGUCUACACUACCAAAACCAUUGUCCAAUGGAACCGUUUUACACAAGUCUAAUAAGUUGGAGUCUGACGCGGAUAUGGACGAUUUCUACGGGACGACAGAUCAAGUCAUCCUAUUCCCUCAAGAAGAUGGAGUGAGAUGUACUCCAGCAUCAUUAAAUCCAGCUACCUGUUUCACAUUUAAACUGCCAGCAGAAUUGCAAGCAGAAGAUGUUACAACAGUAGAGUUUUGGUUCUAUAAAGAAAGAGAUCAGAGAGACAGCCAUAACCAAACUUUUGUAGUAUCUGAAGUUGCUCAUUGGGAUUUGAAUCAGAGCGUUCAGAAAAGCAAACUGUUGGUCAUCCAUGAAACAGAUGUUAAAGCUGGCUGGGUGAAAAUUGAUUUACUUUGGACUGUAAAAAAUUGGUUGGAAUACCAGGAACUGACACAUGCAAUCCAUAUAGCAUGUAAAACAUGUGCAAUGGAGAUUACUAAGUCACCUGUAUCUUUAGAAUCUGAACAUAAACCUUUCAUUAUUAUCAGCACAAAUGCAAUGAAAAAGAAUCAACUGCAAAAACGCAACAUAAACUGUCACCCAGGUGUGUCUGAAUGCUGUAGGGAGAAUCUGUAUAUAUCUUUCGCUGAUAUUGGAUGGGACGAGUGGAUUUUGCAGCCAUCAGGUUACCAUGCUUACUUCUGCCGUGGAUCAUGUAAUAAUGCUGCUUCAAUCACACAAAGUGGUGCCCACCACAGUUCGUUAAUUCAGAGACUGCUGUAUCUACAUAGUUCAAGUGCCAGGCAAUUAGAAUUGGUACCAUGCUGUUCACCUACAAAGCUAUCAUCACUUCAAAUGCUCUAUGUGGACAACAAUCAAACGAUUACCCAUGCAACAUUGCCGAACAUGGUGGUGGAAGCAUGUGGUUGCAUGUAAGUGUUGUAACAUGCUCCAUCACCUGUGAUAAAAUAUGAUCCACAAGUCAAAGGAAUGAAACACUUACCUCAUCACUCAAAAAUGAAACAAAUGAGAAACAUUCUUACUGAUAUUCAACAGGACGUAAUAUUCAG